CAACCCAGUUUGGUUGGUCGACACCGAAGCAGUCUUCAAAAAAAAAAUACACAGCCAGUGAACAGCAGGAGUGUGAGUAGACCUGUCGGUGAGCAGCCCCAGUUGGUUGUGAUAAGGGCUCUGGUCCAGUGAGAUUUUUUUGGACUGCUCAUACACCUCUGUGCUGAUGAUAACUCAUGAAGUCACAUCCUGUGUCCUGACGUUCCUGUGCAAUGGGAGAGUGGAGAGUAACUAAUGCAUCUAUGGAUCCUGAGAGUUCAAGAAUAUCACAUGUGACUAUAUCUCCCUCAAGACAUCAUCAUGUGGCGGCAUACGCUUUGCCCUUGUCAAAGCAGUCCUACAGUGUGAUAAGUGCCUUUUGUACUGAAGAUAAUGUUCUUCAGUGCAUUUCAUAUCUCAAUCAGGAGCUAGCCUCACUCGGCCUCUCCAUGUGUCUUGAGGACAGAUCACCAGAGGGAACAAGCCUAAAUGCGGUGCCAGCUCUUAAUGCCAUGUAUGAACUGCUCCAAAUUCAUAAACGAACUAUGUGCACUUUAGAGAAGAUGGAAGAAGAACAGCUAAAACAAUCGAGCACAUUGGAGCACUUGCAGAUAAGCAAUUCCAGACUGAAGGACCAGUUGGAGCUGUCAAAAAGGGAGAAUUCCGGUCUGCACGAGACGGAGAGGCAGCUUCAGCUGAAAAUAAAGACGCUACAGAGCUGCCUAAAGACUGAGAAGGAGGAGGUUCAGAAGCUCCAAAGUAUCAUCUCUAGUCGUGCCUCUCAGUAUAGUCAUGAUGCCAAGAGAAAAGAGAGGGAAGCUUUAAAGCUGAAGGAACGCCUCAGUCAGCUACUUGUUGACAGGAAGGACAAGAAAAUAGCCAUUGAUGUUUUAAAUUGCUUGGGACGAUCUGAUGGAAAAAGAAGUGUAUGGAGGACGGCAAAAUUAGCAGCAAGCCAUGAGAGUGACAUGUACAAAACUUUGCUGUCUGACUAUGAGACAAGUCAGAAGGCUUUAAUUAUGGAGAACGCAGAGCUUAAGAAAGUCCUCCAGCAGAUGAAGAAGGAGAUGAUUCACAUUCUGACUCCGCGGCAUCAACCUGCCAGUGGAGCCGCUGCUGAUGACAGCCAGGAACAGGUUGAGUUUGAUGAAGAGAGAGCAGGAGACACAAGCAGAGAAGCUUUGGACCAGUCCUGUGAACAUGCAAGGGAGCAACUCCUCAACAGCAUCCGCCAGCAGUGGAGGAAACUGAGAAACCAUGUGGUAAAACUAGACCAAGCCUCCCACAUGCAGAAUCAGAUGGAGUCAAACAAAGAAAUGAUACCGUUGGAAACUCAUGAGGAUGAGAUGGAGAGGAUGAGGCAGGAAGUCCAGCAGUGCAAAGAGUUCAUUCAAACACAGCAGCAACUUCUCUUGCAACAACUAAACACGUCAUUUGAUGAUGAGACGGCAGUUUUCCUGAACGGCUGCUACACACUGGAGGAGAAGGAGCGCCUAAAAGAAGAAUGGAAGCUCUUUGAGGAGCAGAAGAGAAACUUUGAGAAAGAGAGGAGGAACUUCACAGAGGCUGCUAUUCGGCUGGGCCGAGAAAAAAUGGCCUUUGAGGAAGACCGUGCUGCAUGGCUGAAGAAUCAGUUUUUGAACAGUACGCCCUUUACAGAUCGCAGGAGAUGUUCCUCAUCAGAUGGACAAAGUGCCUUAUCAAUCAGGAGUGAACCAGAGAUCAGGAUGUCCUCUGUGAAAGCCAAGCGCUCAAAAUCCCCAAUCUACAGUACCUUCUCAACUCCUAAACCGUCACGGACUUCCCUCGUGCCAUCCACUGCUGAGCUUUACCGGGCACUGCGUCUCCUAUCAGACAGCAGGGAUUCCUCCAAGCAUUCAAAUCGAGGACAGUGGCAAGAGUCAAGCACAACAGAAGAUCAACAUCCUCAUGUCAAGUCCAGUAUUCAAGCUCACACUGGUGAAAUGAGUAUUUUCACAUUUGAUGAUCACAGUGUCACUUAAAAAAUAAAAACGUUUAUCUUUAUAGGUUUGUUAGAAUAGGUUUGUUUUGUUUGUUUUUUUCCCUGUCUUCCCAUGCUGGACUUGAGCACCUAAUUGUUUCACUGCCAGCAGCGAUGAACACUCAUUUUCUACAAAUACAUGUAUCAUUCACCGCAUUGAUCAAAUAAGCACUUUAUAAGUUUAUCGUUCACCUUUAUUCCUCUAAAGCCUGGUCACUACUGACAGUUUAGAUUUAUUUAUCAAUUAAGGAGUAACUUAAUUUUAUAGCAUUUUUAAAUAUUGAGUAUAUAAAUUAAAGGUUUUGAUCAAAUGGAGCAAUGGAAGUAUGA